UUCAUAACCCAACAAAAUUUCAACUCAAAWCGAGCACUCGAACGAAAUUUCAAUGAAAAAACAUGUAAAUUGUAUGCAAAAAAAAMAUAAAUAUUCAAGCUUUUGAUUGAAUUAUGUCGACGAAGUGCCAACGUAAUUGUUUUCAAUUGAUUUGGAAAGAAACGGUCGUAAAAAAUCGGUGGUGCAAAUUUGAGGUUAUGUGAUUUGGUUUGGUGGAAAAAUCGGAAAAUUUGCACCAUUGGGAACCUUUUCGAAAAAACAUCGUCGGACUCCGACACAUCUUGGCAAAAAAUCGACCUCGAAGAAGUGAAAAAAGAAAAAAUGGCCGAAACGGACAAAACGAUCGAAAAUGGCGUCCAAUGGACUUUGGGGGACGAAAGUAGAGAACAGGAGGACAUCUUCCCCCAAAAUGGUGAUUCUUUCGAUAAUUUACCACCAGCGGCACGUUCCGACGGCCAAGGGGGCUUCACCCCUCAAGAACAAAAAGCCCUUAUGGAGAAACGCAAACGACUCAAGCCGAGUAUGUCACAAGGGACUGUCAUGAUACAAAAUCGCCUCCAGGAGAAAGAUUUCACUGUUGCCACACCAGAGGAAUUUGUUAAAAGAUUCAACGGGACCAAAGUCAUCAAUAAAGUUUUGAUCGCGAAUAAUGGCAUUGCUGCUGUUAAAUGCAUGCGUUCGGUGCGUCGUUGGUCAUACGAAAUGUUCAAAAACGAACGUGCGGUCCGUUUUGUGGUCAUGGUCACACCUGAAGACCUCAAAGCCAACGCCGAAUACAUCAAAAUGGCCGAUCACUACGUCCCAGUACCUGGGGGUACCAAUAACAACAAUUACGCCAAUGUGGAACUCAUCGUCGAUAUCGCGACUCGCCUCCAAGUCCAGGCSGUUUGGGCCGGCUGGGGGCACGCCUCCGAAAACCCCAAACUCCCCGAACUCCUCCACAAGAACGGUAUUGCCUUCAUCGGCCCUCCCGAUAAGGCAAUGUGGGCAUUGGGCGACAAAAUCGCCUCGAGUAUUGUCGCCCAAACUGCAGACAUCCCCACUCUUCCAUGGUCAGGCUCCGAACUCAAAGCCCAAUACACGGGGAGGAAAAUCAAGAUAUCGUCGGAUUUGUUUGCAAAAGGGUGUGUCCAAACGGCGGAACAAGGCUUAGCAGCGGCGCAAAAAAUCGGUUUUCCGGUUAUGAUCAAGGCGUCAGAAGGUGGGGGAGGAAAAGGUAUCCGGAAAGUGGAAAAUGCUGAUGAUUUUCCGGCGGCUUUUCGACAAGUUCAAACCGAAAUUCCCGGUUCUCCCAUCUUUGUCAUGAAACUAGCUAAGUGUGCCCGCCAUCUUGAAGUCCAAUUAUUGGCCGACCAAUACGGAAACGCCAUUUCACUCUUUGGRCGUGAUUGUUCGAUUCAACGUCGCCAUCAGAAGAUUAUUGAAGAAGCACCGGCGGUUAUAGCCGUCCCUGAUGUUUUUGAAGAUAUGGAAAAAGCUGCAGUCCGAUUGGCUAAAAUGGUGGGUUAUGUGUCAGCCGGUACUGUUGAAUAUCUCUAUGACACUUCGGGYCAUUACUACUUCCUGGAACUUAAUCCGAGACUUCAAGUCGAACAUCCAUGUACCGAAAUGGUGUCAGAUGUGAAUCUACCAGCAGCACAAUUACAAAUUGCUAUGGGUUUACCAUUACACUACAUUAAAGACAUUCGUUUGUUGUAUGGGGAAUCCCCGUGGGGUAAUUCCGAGAUUGAUUUUGAUAAACCAAGACAUAAACCCCAACCAUGGGGUCAUGUAAUAGCCGCUCGAAUUACUUCCGAGAACCCUGAUGAGGGUUUUAAACCGAGUUCGGGAACAGUUCAAGAACUCAAUUUCCGGUCAUCGAAAAACGUCUGGGGGUACUUUUCCGUUGCGGCAUCUGGCGGCUUACACGAAUUUGCUGAUUCACAAUUCGGUCAUUGUUUCUCAUGGGGUGAAAAUCGUGAACAAGCAAGAGAAAAUCUAGUAAUUGCUUUGAAAGAAUUAAGUAUCAGAGGUGAUUUUCGCACAACAGUUGAAUAUCUAAUCACAUUGCUUGAAACGAAGAGUUUCCAAGAGAAUUCCAUUGAUACAGCUUGGUUGGAUAUCCUCAUUAGUGAAAAAGUUGAAUCAGAGAAACCCAAUGUGAUGUUGGGUGUGAUUUGUGGUUCUUUACACAUUGCUGAUAAGACAAUAAGUACAGCAUUUGAAGAGUUUCAAAAUUCUUUAGAACGAGGACAAAUUCAAGGUUCCAAUACCUUGACUAAUGUUGUAGAUGUUGAAUUGAUACAUGGUGGUAACAAAUAUAAAGUCCAAGCUACUAAAAGUGGUCCCAACACUUAUUUCCUCAUGAUGAAUGGUACUUUUAAAGAGAUUGAAGUACAUAGAUUGACAGAUGGUGGUAUUUUACUGUCAGUUGAUGGUUCCUCGUUUACUACAUAUAUGAAGGAGGAAGUCGAUCGGUAUCGUAUCGUAAUCGGGAACCAAACUGUUGUUUUUGAGAAGGAAAAUGAUCCGACAAUUUUACGCUCACCUUCAGCCGGUAAACUCAUAAGUUUUCUUAUCGACGAUGGCGGCCAUGUUGAUAAAGGUCAAGCGUAUGCCGAAAUUGAGGUUAUGAAAAUGGUAAUGACACUAACUUCAAGCGAAAGUGGUAGUAUUUUUUAUGUGAAGAGACCAGGAGCGGUUUUAGAAGCCGGCUCAACUAUAGCAUCUUUAGAACUCGAUGAUCCGUCAUUAGUAACCAAAGCUUUACUCUAUAAAGGCCCAUUCCCCGAAUUGGAUGUUUCACAACCUAUAGUUUCGGAAAAAUUAAACCAUAUCCAUAAUAGUUACAAAGCURUACUUGAGAAUACCUUAGCUGGGUAUUGUCUCCCUGAUCCUUACAAUGCACCACGACUUCGUGAAGUGAUUGAAAAGUUUAUGUCAAGUCUUAGAGACCCAAGUUUACCAUUGCUUGAGUUGCAACAAGUGAUGGCGUCGAUUUCUGGCCGGAUUCCACCAGCUGUUGAAAAGAAAAUCCGCCGACUUAUGAGUCUCUACGAAAGGAAUAUAACAAGUGUUUUGGCUCAAUUCCCGAGUCAACAAAUCGCCAGUGUUAUAGACAGUCAUGCUGCUAGUAUGCAAAAAAGGACAGAACGAGAUGGUUUCUUCCUUGCAACUGAAAGUAUCGUUCAAUUAGUACAAAGAUACCGAAAUGGUAUUCGUGGUCGUAUGAAAGUCGCCGUUCAAGAACUCCUACGACAAUAUUACGACGUUGAAAGUCAAUUCCAGCAAGGUUCCUAUGAUAAAUGUGUAGCACUAUUACGCGAAAAACACAAAGAUGAUAUGCAAAGUGUCAGUAAUACGAUUUUUAGUCAUUCACAAGUUGCCAAAAAAAAUCUAUUAGUAACAAUGUUGAUUGAUCAUUUAUGGUCAAAUGAACCGGGUUUAACCGAUGAACUUGCACCGGCUUUAACCGAAUUAACUUCGUUGAAUCGUAGCGAACAUUCCCGAGUGGCACUUCGUGCCCGUCAAGUACUCAUCGCUGCACAUCAACCCGCCUAUGAAUUGCGACACAAUCAAAUGGAGAGUAUUUUUCUCUCAGCUGUUGAUAUGUACGGUCAUGAGUUUCAUCCAGAAAACUUACAAAAGUUGAUAGUGUCAGAAACUUCAAUUUUUGAUAUUUUACAUGACUUUUUCUACCAUGCAAAUCGAGCGGUUUGUAAUGCCGCAUUAGAGGUGUAUGUACGUAGAGCAUACACUAGUUAUGAUAUCACAUGUUUGCAACAUUUAGAAUUGUCAGGGGAAGUACCAGUGGUACAUUUCCAAUUUUUGCUACCACCGACUCAUCCAAAUCGUUUAAUCAAAUUAGAUGAGUUUAAAGACAGUGAGGAUGGUCCAAAAGUGGUUGAUACGUUUCAACGGACCGGUUGUAUGGCUGCGUUUCAAAAUUUCCAAGAAUUUGAACAGUAUGCUGAUGAAAUUCUUGAUUUGAUUGAGGAUUUUGCAAAUCCGGCGACAAUUUCCGCUAAGGAUUUGAUAGCAAUGGAGAGUGGUUCUGAGAGUCGGAACAGUACUUCGAUUAAUGUUAGUUUGUCAUUGGAGGGGCAAAGAGUGGGGGAGGAGAGUUGUAUGCAUGAACCUAUACAUAUCCUCCAUGUGGGGAUUAAGGAUAAAGGGGAUUCGGAUGAUGGGAGUAUGAGUAAAAUAUUUGGGAAUUUCUGUGUGAGACAUAAGGAGGAGUUGAUCARUCGCGGGAUUAGAAGGAUUACUUUCGCCGCCUUGAAACACAAACAAAGCCCCAAAUUUUUCACGUUUCGAGCACGUGAUGAUUUCAAGGAAGACAAGAUUUAUCGGCAUUUAGAGCCGGCUUGUGCCUUCCAAUUGGAAUUGAACCGRAUGAGGAAUUAUAAUUUGGAAGCGUUACCAACUUCAAAUCAAAAAAUGCACUUGUAUUUGGGGAAAGCCAAAGGUAUUAAAGGGAAAGAAGUGACGGAUUAUAGGUUUUUCAUCAGGAGUAUUAUAAGACAUAGUGAUUUGAUAACAAAGGAGGCGUCGUUUGAGUACCUCCAAAACGAGGGUGAGAGAGUACUACUUGAGGCAAUGGAUGAGUUAGAGGUGGCGUUUUCGCAUCCACAUUCACGUCGUACUGAUUGCAACCAUAUUUUCCUCAAUUUUAUACCGACUGUGAUUAUGGAUCCGGCGAAGAUUGAGGAGGCUGUGACUAGYAUGGUGAUGCGAUAUGGGCCAAGAUUAUGGAAAUUGAGGGUGCUACAAGCCGAAUUGAAGAUGAUUAUAAGACUAGCACCGAAUGCUCCGACUCAAACGAUUCGUUUAUGUUUGGCUAAUGAUAGUGGUUAUUAUUUGGAUAUUAAYAUGUAUACGGAGGAAGUGGAUCCGGAUACGGGAAUUAUCAAGUUUAGGGCCUAUGGGAAGAAACAAGGACCAAUGCAUGGUUUGCCCAUUUCCACUCCGUAUUUGGCCAAGGAUUAUUUGCAACAAAAACGGUUUCUGGCGCAGUCAGCAGGGACGAGUUACGUUUACGAUUAUCCAGAUAUGUUUAGACAAAUGGUGGAUUUGCAAUGGAAGCAAUAUAUGAAUCAAAGAAUUUCAGAACAUAUACAACCGCCUGAUAAACUUAUGGAUUUCGUUGAAUUGAUUCUCGAUCCGGAAACUGAAAGUCGACUUAUUGAACAAAAACGUGUUCCUGGCGAGAAUAAUGUAGGAAUGGUGGCUUGGCGGCUUACUUUAUAUACACCGGAAUAUCCAGAUGGCCGUGAUAUCAUUGUUAUAGCUAAUGAUAUAACGCAUCUGAUUGGUUCGUUUGGACCACGUGAGGAUAAGGUGUUCGGGUUGGCGAGCGAAAUUGCCCGAUGUAUGAAAAUACCAAGGAUUUACUUGGCCGCUAACAGCGGUGCAAGAAUAGGCCUGGCCGAAGAAGUGAAAAAUUCGUAUAAAAUCGCCUGGGAGGAUAACAACGAACCGGAUAAAGGUUUCCGUUAUUUAUACUUGACUCCAGAAGAUUAUGCAAAAGUUUCGGCCCAAAAUUCAGUCCGUGCUGUCCUCAUCGAAGACGAAGGCGAGUCACGUUACAAACUCACCGAUAUCAUAGGCAAAGAAGACGGUUUAGGUGUUGAAAAUUUACGAUAUGCUGGUAUGAUCGCCGGUGAAACAUCACGAGCCUAUGAUGAAAUCGUGACAAUUUCCAUGGUGUCAUGUCGAGCGAUCGGAAUCGGCUCUUAUCUAGUACGACUCGGUCAAAGAGUGAUCCAAAUUGAAAAUUCGCACAUUAUUUUGACCGGUUAUAGUGCCUUAAAUAAACUUCUUGGACGUCAAGUUUACGCCUCGAAUAACCAAUUGGGCGGUAUCCAAAUUAUGUACAAUAACGGGGUUUCCCAUAAAGUGGAACAAGGCGACCUUGAUGGUAUCGCCACAAUCCUAAAAUGGCUCUCUUACGUCCCUAGAGACAAAAACAGUCCACUUCCCGUCAUGAAAYCCAUCGAUCCGAUCGAACGCGAUGUUGAAUUCAUCCCAACUAAAGCCCCMUAUGAUCCACGUUGGAUGCUUGAAGGUCGGGYUUCGCCCCUUGACCCCAAAAUCUGGGAGAGUGGUUUCUUUGAUCGUGAUUCAUGGUCGGAGAUAAUGAAACCGUGGGCGCAAACAGUCGUAGCAGGCCGUGCCCGACUUGGGGGAAUCCCAGUUGGUGUGAUUGCAGUCGAAACAAGAACAGUUGAACUUACUUUACCCGCUGAUCCGGCCAAUUUGGAUUCGGAAGCUAAGACUGUAUCGCAAGCUGGACAAGUGUGGUUCCCUGACUCCGCCUACAAAACGGCCCAAUCAAUUGCCGAUUUCUCGCGUGAGGACCUCCCACUUUUUAUUUUCGCCAAUUGGAGAGGCUUUAGUGGAGGGAUGAAGGAUAUGUAUGAAGAAAUUAUGAAAUUUGGGGCGUAUAUUGUUGAUGGGUUGAGACAGUAUAGGAAGCCGGUGAUUAUUUAUAUACCGCCCAAUGGGGAGUUGAGAGGCGGGGCUUGGGCUGUGGUUGAUCCGACGAUUAAUUCACGGUAUAUGGAAAUGUAUGCCGAUCCGGAAUCGAGAGGUGGGGUUUUGGAACCGGAAGGAAUUGUCGAAAUUAAAUACCGGAAGAAGGAUUUGUUGAAAACUAUGCAUAGGAUUGAUUCAGUUUUGAGGGAUUUAGAUGAGAAAAUAGCAAAGUUUAAUCAGACAAGGCCGAUUGGUGAACGCACCUCAAGUAUAUCACAAACAAUCGAGCAGAAAAAACCCCAAGAAAUUAUCGAUUUAGAAGCGAAAAUUACCGAAAGGGAAAAUUUCCUAAUGCCAAUGUAUCAUCAAGUUUCGGUGCAUUUCGCCGAUUUGCACGAUACACCCGAACGGAUGCUCGAGAAAGGGGCCAUUAGUGAUAUAGUGCCUUGGAGGAAAUCGCGGUCGAUUUUGUAUUGGAGGUUGAGGCGAUUAUUACUUCAGGAUAAAGUGGUGACGGCGUUGCUUGACGCACAGCCGAUGUUGGGAGUGGGGCAAGGGGAGGCGAUGUUGAGGAGGUGGUUUAUUGAGGAUAAGGGUUCAACUGAGGGCUACAAGUGGGACAAUAAUGAGACAGUGGUGCACUGGAUGGAGGAUCAGCUCCGGAAGCCCCCGAGUCAGUCAAUAAUCAAUUACAAUCUCCACUGUGUGAAAAAAGACGCUGUUAUAAACCAAAUCAACAUAGCGCUUGAGGACUGUCCGGAUGUGUCCCUCGAUGCUGUGGUCCAAAUCAUCCAAAAAUUAUCAGAUAAUCAAAAAGCCGAAGUGAUAAGAACAUUGUCGCAGCUAGGGUCGGUCGAAAAUAUCGAUUAAAAUUCUAUUUUUGCAAAAAAAAAAACCUAAUCUAGGAUUUUAUUGUAAAUAGGUUUGUGCUUUAUUUAUAAUUCUGUUGUAUUUAUUUUUCUUGGAAAUGAUAGGGUUAGGAAUAAUUGUUAUAUUGUUGUUUAUCUGGGAAUUGUCCGAGAUUUUGUUAUAAAAUAAUUUUUUUUGAGAA